AUGGCUACUGCUCACGACAUGCCGUGUCAUCGAGAACGACCAUCAUUAUUAUCAGCUUCAAGUGGUUAUGAAAAUUAUCGAGGAUUUCUUAACCUUCUUUAUGUUAUAUUGGGAAUCGGAAGUUGUCGUCUUGUGAUUGAAAAUAUUCUUCGAUAUGGAUUAUUAAUUGAUUUUAAUUGGCCUAUAAAAUUUUUAAAAGAUCCAACAAAUUGGCCAUCGGUAUUUCUUAUUGUAUUGAUUAAUAUUUUCAUUUUAUUUGAAUUUUGGCUUGAAUUAAGACUUAGUAAAAUUCAUUUACUAAAAUCGAAAAUUAAAACUACAUUAAUAUUUUUUCAAUUUAUUAAUCUAUUUACAAUACUUAUUUUUCCAGCUGCAUAUAUUUAUUAUCGUGAACCAAAUCCAGUUGGUGCAUUUAUUGCUAUUUGUCUUUAUACAAUAGUAUUUUUAAAAAUUUUUUCUUAUUUACAUAUUAAUUAUCAAUGUCGACAAACUUUACUUGAGAAAAAACAUGAUUCACGUAGAAAUUCAACUAUAUCAAAAAGUCAAAUAAUUUAUCCAAAUAAUUUGACCUGUAAAAAUCUUUAUUAUUUUAUGUUUGCACCAACACUCUGUUAUGAAUUAAAUUUUCCACGUUCAUCACGUAUACGUAAAGGAUUUAUAAUACGACGUUGUGGUGAAAUUCUUGUACUUUCAUCAUUACAAUUUUGUCUUGGACAACAAUGGAUAUUACCUAUUUUACGUACACUUGAUCGACCAUUAAAUCAAUAUUCAACAUUAGAAAAUAUUGAACGUUUAUUACGUCUUGCAUUACCUAAUCAUCUUUUAUGGUUAAUAUUAUUUUAUGUUUAUUUUCAUUCAAUAUUAAAUUUAAUUGCUGAAUUAUUAUGUUUUGGUGAUCGAUAUUUUUAUCGUGAUUGGUGGAAUGCAACUAAUUUAUAUGAAUUUUGGAAUCGAUGGAAUAUAAUUGUACAUGAUUUUUGUAAACGACAUAUAUAUAAACCAUUAGUUACUCAAUAUGGUUUUAAUAAAUUUAUUGGUUCAUUAGUUGUAUUUUUAAUGAGUGCAUUUUUUCAUGAAUAUUUAAUUAGUGUACCAUUACGUAUGAUACGUCCAUGGAGUUUUCUUGCUAUGAUCAUACAAUUACCAAUGGGUUUAGCUGUUAAACGAAUAAGUAUUUCAAAUAAAACAUAUGGAAAUGUAGCUGUAUGGAUAUCACUUAUUCUUAUACAACCAAUUGCUAUUCUUCUUUAUAUACAAGAUUUAUUUUAUCGAGAUUUUAUCAAAGAUAAAAUUUAUUCUUAA